CGAAUUUCAAGCUUUGUGAGUCAUAGAGACUUAGAAAAAACCGCGUGCACCUCUCGUUUCUCGUUUCAUUUCCAUAACCGCUCGCUUAUCCCCUUUCAUCCCCAAUUUAUAAUCAUUCAAAGUUCAAACCCAAGAAUACUAAAAUCUCUCUCUGUUUUCAGAAUAUUCAUGAUUCCUCACAAUCACACUCGCUCCUUUCCGUGAAUUGUGAUCAUAGAGAGAGAAAGAAAGAGACACAAUCUCUUUCUUUCUUUCUCUUUUUCUCUCAAAAUCUUGAAAUCUUUAAAAUGUCUCGCCAGGUCAUCGUCGUCAGUAACCCGCCGUCGCGGCGGCGGCGCGCGUGUGAAGUUGCCGGCGGAAGCGCGGCGGAGUGCGCCGCCGUGGUGUGCUGCUUCCCUUGCGCCGUGAUAAACCUCGCAGUUCUCGCCAUUUACAGGGUUCCAGCGGGGUUGGUGCGCAAAGCACUGCACAAGAAGAAACGACACCGUAUGCUGAGAGAUUCCAAAAACGACCUUGUUUUGCUGCGGCACCAGCGGUCUAGCGGCCUCGCCCCGUCGUUUGACUCGCUACCGGUUUCGGUCGAACCCAGGCCGGUUGAGGAAAAAGAAGUGUGGCCUAUGGAGAAGGAGAUGUGGGCCCGGUUCGCAGAAACUGGGUUUUGGAGGAGUGAGUCCCAGCGCCAACCAUGAUUAAUUUUCCGAACCGAAUCAAUUGGAGAAUAUGGGAAAUGGUGCAACGGUGAUGGAUGGAAAAUGUG